AAUUUUGUCAAAGUCAUUCCAACAUGGCGGCCGGAACGGCUGUAAUGCAUUUUCCCAGUCCGAGAAGCACCGUGAAGAAAGAAGAACCGGCUCGCAGAGUCCACAAGAUCAAAGCAGAUGAGGUGAUAAUAGAUACUUUUGGUUAGGGGACAAACUGCAGGGCAAUUUUGCGUUGAAAAACUUUAAAAGUUUGUCAUGUGGUUGUACAUGACGACAUCUUUUGAUCGAAAACCAAGACCUUUUUUGUAAUGAGGUUCGGCGUAACACGCUAUCUAUUUCGGAGAAUUAUUACACUUAAAGAGUUUUUUUUCAGAUACUUUUGACAUCGAAAGUUAGAUUGUAAGUUCUUUGAAAACUAAGUAACGUGAUAUAAAUCUCAUCUUGUGGGCCAUAGUAAUAGUUUUUGUCAGGAGAUCUCUUUGCAUUGUAUGAAGUUGGUAGAUCUUUUACUUCCUAAUUAACCGUAGCUCAUUGAUUCUGUUUCUUCAAACAAGAGAUAGCUUAUUAUUUACUUAAUCAUUAUAGAUUUUUAGAUAAUACUUUCGAUCGGUGACAGUUUCCAGUGCUUUAAACUUACCGAAUCAUUGGUCCAUUGUUUCAGAGUCUUGUACAGUAUGAAUGCUUACUUUACAAGUUUUUGCGCAGUUUAAGCUUCCCUUUUUUUAAUUUCCUCAUUAUGUGUACCAGUUCAAUGUCAUGAAUAUACAGCUUUUUCUGUUUCACCAGUGGCUCUAAAAAGUUAUUAGUUUAACUUUUUAUACCAUCUCAUGCACAAGUGUUAAUGUUGCAGCUGUUUCUCAUGUGGUAACUGGUCAUUUCGCCUCCAAGUCAAAUGCCCUGGUUACUUAGCCCCCUAUUUUCGAGUCAUUUAGCAUGCUUCAAAUGUAAUAUUCCUCGUUCUAUAAGCCAUAAAGCAAAACAAGGGUGCUUCAAAUAUAACAUUCCUCGUUCUUUAAGCCAUAAACCAAAAUAAGCACGCUUCAAAUAUAAUUUUCCUCGUUCUAGAAUAGGGGGCUAAGUAACCGGGGCGAAAUGACAUGGGGGCGAGAUCACCCAUAACCUCUUUUGUUCAUAAUCUUAAAAGCAGUACCCAACUUUAAUCGAGUUUAACCCAACUUUUUUCAACUUUUAUUUGUGAUUAUUUUUGCAAUAAAUUUCUGAUAUUUGGCAAUACAUUUGUUGUGUCAAAAUCAAAUAUAAAUAUUUAUUUGAUAAGAAAAACAAGACAACUGGUAAUUAGGCCCUGUUUGGGUAAAUUGCGACAAGUGACAUGGCUGUAAGACUCAAUGAAAUGACGACAAAUGCCACAUAAAGAUGGGUUGAAUAUCGACAGGGAUGUGGCCUACUCCUCAAAAUGUGAAAGAAACAUGUUUGAAAUGCAGACUAGGGUUAAAUUUUUUAACCUAGGUUGAUUCUUUAUUUCCUUUGUCUCUUAGCCGUAAUUAUGAAUUUAUAUGGACUUGGAGAUAAUUAAUUAGGGUGUGGAGGCAUGUGUGGCUUAGUGGUUAACACCUCAAACUCUGGAUCUGGGGGUCCAGGGUUUAAGCCUCACCCCUCGCAUUGUUUCCUUAGGCAAGGAACUUUAAUCUUAUUUGUCUCUCUUCACCCUAGCCUCCCAGGCAGGCGUUUUUAGGGGAGCUCAUUUUUCAUUCCUCCCCACAAACACCUGCUCAACCAAAGACAACAUUCCUUUCCCAAGCUUAGCCAAUCACAUUGUACUUUCCAAAUUCUGGAAAGUUGACACUGGGAAGCUUUCUGACCUCUAAUAAAUGUUUUGAUUCAGAUUGGCAAAAAUAAGAUUUAGUCAAAAUUUAGAAUACUUCAUGCACUGCAUAACCUCAGCGUAGGAAAGAAAAGAAGGAAAACAGUUACUCUAGGGUCACGUUCAGUCGUGUUUAGCCUGUCAACACUUUAUUGCACAAUUGUUGAUUGGUCACUUACCACGCAAAUAAAACAAUGGGAAAGGAAUGUUGUUUUCGGUUGAGCAGGCGUUUGUGGGGAGGGAUGAAAAACGAUCUCCCCUAAAAACACCUGCGUGGGAAGCUAUCUUCACCCAGGUGUAUAAAUGGGUACCAGCAACAUACCGCUGGGAGGUAACCCUGUGAUGGACUAGCAUCCCAUCCAGGGGGGAGUAGCAAUACUCCUAGGCUUGCUCCAUGCUACAGAAACUGGUAUAAGCUCCGGCCAUGUGGGCCUUUGGCUUGUGUGGGCUUAUACCUUACUUAAGGAGAUAACGGAAAUUGAGAAUCAACCUAGGUUAAAAAAUUUUAACCUGAAAAAAAAUUUGACCUGUGACAUAUAUGUACCCUCCCCCCCCCCUCACCCCACCCCACUAAGAGGGCCUCGGUCUUCAGAGUUAUCAAGUUUGUUUUCCUUUCAUUCAGUCUUUCAAACUGAAAGUGAGAAAAAAUGGGUUCUAGUUGUUCAUCAUUGGUGAUGCAGCUCUAAAGCGAAUUAUUAUUUUCUUUAUUACAACCCCUCUUUCCUGGUGCCUUGUAAAGUAUAUGUUGUGGUUCAAUUUUAUCCUUGGUUAAAAUUUUAUUUUGUUUUGUUUUUGGGUAUGGUAAUUAUUUGUAUGGUAAUGUAUGAUAAUGAGUUUGAAACAAAAGAAAACAAAAUUUAAACCAACGAUAAAAUUGAACCAUAACAUAUAUAAUGUUGAAAACAAAAUUUAGAAUAAGAGCAUCUUUUUUUAAUUUCAUCUUUUCCUCUUUUUUGUUGAAGAUGGAAGUUGAAGAAGAGAAACAACAUGAAGGAAUCCAGCAAUAUUAUAUUACCAAGAUAGAGGCACUCCAGGUAUAAUCAGCAUUCAUGAGCAAUAUAUUGUUAUACAUUUUUAUUCUUUUUUGUCUGUUUGUGCUGUAGUUUAUAUUUAAAGUUGUCCUUGGUAUUAUUAUCAUACAUCUCUGAUAACUGUGUUGUGGUUGUUAGUCUCAGAGAGUAAUUAUUGACAUUUAAAACAAAACUAGAUAAUUAUUCCAACCUCGCAUUGCUAGUUUUUAGUUUUUGUCAGGUUACACAGUCAGCUGAUGCACACAUGCAUUAGAUACCAUUUCUUAGCUGAUUCCAAUGUCACAAGGCACAUGUGAAACAGAAAGUGAGAAGCGUAUCCAGAAUACUGUAAACAAACCUUGAAGAGUUGCACUACUUACAAGCCGAAAUUGUGAUUAUAAAACCUAAGCCAUAAUUUAUCAGAUCGCUCAUUUUUUUAUAUACUAUUGUGAAUUCACUGGUGGAUUUGUCGAGGGAAAGCUAAACAUCGACAAAUACUGCCGAAUUCGAACAUCAGUAGAGGUAAGAAAUUACACAAAGUCUGAAUCAUUGUCGAAGGUUCAAGGUUAAGGAAGCUUGAUUUUCCAAAUAUGUGUACACUUUUCGAUUGAUUUUCCAACUAUAUAUAAAUUUAAUAACGCUUAUUUGCUCGCCAUUGUUUUUUAUUCAUUUCUCUAGUUAUUUCGGUAAACGAAGGUGAUUUCUCCCGCCCGGCGCCUAUGUGUUUCUCACCUCUUCUGUUCAUGUUUCUUUGGAUACUGUUUUUAUCCAAGUAUGAUAAAAUAAUGUAAUAGGAUAAGUAAAAGCUUGCUCAAGAAGGAGUUUCCAGUAAAAGAUCAAGGAUCAAAUGAAACACUAGGCAGAUUUCUAGAUGUAUCUGACACGUACAUUUGAUUUUGGGUUGAUGUAAAUGCUUCUCAAACUGGCAGGUCAGCGCAGUCCCACAGCUGACUGUGUCCCUUUAAGCAAACAGUGCAGAGUUGUAUGAAAACAUCAAGAAUUAAAGGGAACAUGGAACAGGUUCCCAUAUGACUUCUGAUCUUAAGUUUAAGUCUCCCUUUGAGUUUCAAUCAUAAUGCAAGGCAAAUUGGAAGGAGAAUUUAGUAAGCUAUUAAAAGUCAUAGAAGGUUUUAUUCCAGCACUUGUUUACCAGUGAUCAAUACAAAAAAAAACACUAAGAUGAUCUUGAGUAGUGAAAUAAUGAUAGUUAAAUAAUGAUAAUAAUUAUUAUUAUUACACACUGUAUGCAUUCAAGGACACAGACAUUAAACAAUUAUUGGAUGAGGUUGAGCAUGAUAUCAUGAAUUAUCAAAACCAAGGUUUGUGUUAUCUGCCGAAGCCGAAGGCUGAGGCAGAUAAUACAGACACAAGGUUUUGAUACUUCACGAUAUCAUGCGAAAACCGAGUUCAAUAAUUGUUUUAUUAUACAUUUUUUAAACAAUAGGCAAAAGAGGACAUUCAGCCAUUCUGUCUCUGAGGAGAACACUCCAAGGGGCUUGGUAACCAGGCAGACAUUGAACUUGACAUGAUAAAUGCAAUAUCUGCAGCAGAUAUUGCAUUUAUCAUGUCAAGUUCGCAAGCUAUUGUGAAUUGAUUGAAUGCUCUCGAUCAAUCAGAUUUUCAUACUGAGUCUGAUGUAUAAUAAAAGAACUGAUUGGUCCAUCUUCUGAGUCAGAGCUCCAUGAUAAAAAUGCUCCACAAAUUCCUUUAAUAUUAAAAUAAUCUAAAGCUUGAACUAGAGAUAACAAAAAUCUUGUUAAACCUAUAAAGUAAGUCUAUUGUUAGUUUAAUGUCUUGUCUUCGUAAUGUUAUUGUACAUGUUUUCUGAGUUUUAUCAGCUGCUUUGUUGGUGUUACACAAAACAAAUGACUAUUGAUAAAACUGACUCCUUUUUCCCUUACAGAUGGUUGUGACAGAAGAAAUCAAGAACUUGAGAAGGCUUGAGGCCCAGAGAAAUGAGCUUAACGCUAAAGGUAAGUUCUUUACUACUCUCUUUGAAGACAGAAGUUAAAACUCAUGAACUUAAUAAUAACAGCAGUUUUAUUUCAUAAGUAUAAGUAUUUGCAGUUGCUUGGGGUUUGAGUUUUCUUCCUUGUAUUAAUAUUAACAAUUUAUCUUGCAUUAUUUUAUAGUGCGAAUGUUGAGAGAGGAGCUGCAGUUGCUGCAAGAGCAAGGGUCGUAUGUUGGUGAGGUGGUCAAACCAAUGGACAAGAAAAAAGUUUUAGUAAAGGUAUGUCUAACUUAUGACACAGCUUUAAAGCAACUGGGAGGAAGUAAAUGUCUGAUUUUGUAUGUUAACGGGUGGAACGUACAUGUAUUAAAUACCAGUAGUCGGCCUGCCAUUAUUGAAGGGUGUUUCAGUGUCUUGAGACAUAUUUUGAGGGAUGUUUUGCAGGAAAGACUUCUGCAUUUCUGGCGCAGAAAUUUCAUGCUGAUGAUGUUAUUCAAUUCUUACAAAAUACAUGUGUAAUCCGAUAGUUAUUAGUUUCCAGAUGUUAAUUUACAUGUAUUAAAAUUUCUGUUUCUCCCCACCUAAUACAAGAAAAUUUUGAGUUCUUCUGAGAACUAGCACAGUGAAACCAGAAUGCUUCUUUUAAAGAAGAGUAUAUUCCCACAGUACAUGUAAUUACUUUUUUAGGUAAAUCAGGGUUCGCACAGUCUUAAAAAGUCCUUGAAUUCUAGGGGGAGCCCUUGAAAAGUCCCUAAAUUUCUGUGUCCUUGAAAAGUCCUUGAAUUUUCUUCAACUUUGAAUGAAGUGACCUGGAGAGGUUUUUUUUUCAUGCUGUAUUAGCCUAAAUAAUUACUGUCAGUAUAUCAUAAUCAGCAGAGUCUUCUGUUAAGAACUGUUGGCUCAACUUACAUGUUAAUGAUUUUGUUUUGCUUCCGACAGGUUCAUCCGGAAGGGAAGUUUGUAGUUGAUCUUGAUAAGUCAAUUGACAUGUCUGAGGUAAGUCAAAGAUAAUAAUGCAUCAUUAUUGGGAAGUGAACACUGGGGCCUAUGGAAAGACUUUUAACUUUUCUUUUAUGGUCACAAAAGCAAUAGAUAAAUUAGAUAAAUAAACAAAAAUUGUAUUAUUUGCCAGCUUAGGGUCAGUCCAACGUAGUGAGCAAGGUGUUGACAAUGCUGACCAAGGCGACAGACUGAGGUCAGCAUUUUCAAGGCCGUGACAUCAUAAUUUUCAUAAUCUGGGUCUCUUAGCUGGCAAAGAACAUAUCCAUGCAUGUAUACAUGUAUGAUAGGCAAGUGACCAGACAAUUGAUAAGUUUAAGGGAUGGACAUAUUAUUGGAUUGUGAUCAACUGUAUGUUUUCCCUUUUCAGGUUACACCAAACUGCAGAGUAGCACUAAGAAAUGACAGUUACACUCUUCACAAGAUACUGCCCAACAAGGUUUGAAAUAUUUCUCAAUUACCAUAUUUUUGAGUAGUAAGGUGUAUUGCUGCUGUGCCUAAUAACUAAAAUAAUAUGGUACAUGUAGGUAAACUAUGAUACAUUGUACUCUCUACAUGUCUUCUCAUUGGCUAAGGACCAAUGGUAAAUUUUCAUCUUGAGAACUACAUGUAUCCCCAAUAUGUUCUUAUAAUGUACUUGUAGGAAGAUUCCUGUGUUAUAUAAUUACGGGUAUAAGGAGUAAUUGGAUUGUAAGUAGUAGUACUAAAUAAUAACUUUAGUAUGUUAUUAGCCAAGAGUAUUAAACUGUAGUUCGGAAAAGAAAACAACAGUGAUAUUGGUAACAUUUUAGGUGGACCCUCUUGUCAGUUUGAUGAUGGUUGAGAAGGUUCCUGAUUCCACUUAUGAGAUGGUGGGUGGACUAGACAAACAGAUCAAAGAAAUCAAAGAGGUAUGUUGUAAAGAAACAUUGGCCCAUGCCAAGAUCUUUUUCUGUGAGCUUCCAGGUGAGCCACACACCAAUCUUUGGGUCUCCUUUAGUUUCUUGGGUGUCCUUUUCCUAUUUACACGUAGGCAUUACAGUCUUGAUUUUUGUGUCAGGAUGACUUGGAGUGGCCAGCAGUAUCUUUAUAACUCAAUUUAAAAUUGUCACACACCUAUUGCGUCAUUCUAAUUGCACUAAGUUUUAAAAUCCAAUUUUGGAGUUCCUUAUGAAACCCAAGUGUCCGAUAUUAUUUUCGCAACUGUCUGCGUUAAUUAAGAUUUCCUGGUCACCUUUAAUACAUCAUAGGAUCACUGGGAUGCCCUGAUGCAAUGCCCUGCCAACUUAUCCAUGAAGAUGUCUGUACACUGUAACUAUGCUUUGGUUUUAUGAGAAUGGCAAGGAGCUAACCAUGUAAGAUAAUGUUUUUCUUUCCUAUAGGUCAUUGAACUUCCUGUAAAACACCCUGAGCUUUUUGAAGCCCUUGGGAUUGAUCAGCCAAAGGUAUGAUUAUUUUAUUUUAUCAACCACUCAGCAUUAUUUAUUGGCAUUUCAGUUGCAUAAAUGAAGCAGCCUACAUCAGAUAAACUGAUAGCUUAUGACUGUUACAUCAAAGGUUGAUGCAGAACUGUGUAUUGCACACAUCAGAGGUUUCUCUGCUCUGGUUCAAUUUUAUUGUUUGUCUAAAUUUUAUUUUCUUUUGUUGCAGACUCAUUAUCAUACAUAACCUUUCCCAAAAACAAUGGAAAACAAAAUGAAAACUAAGGAUGAAAUUGAAAUACAUGUGUAAUGUACAGCAUCUGCAUGUAUACAUUGUGGUGUGUUUUUGCCCACAAAAAAGAUUUUGAUACCUUUGACCAUAAUAUUCUGCUAGACAAGCUCAACGUCUACAGCUUUCAUGGAUUAAUCAACCAAUGGUUUUCCUCAUAUCUCAAUAACCGGACCCCAACUACUCAAAUUGCUGAUCACAUAUCAAAUAAAGCCACAAUCAAGUUUGGAGUUCCUCAAAAGUUCCGUUUUAGGUCCUCUUCCCUUUUUGCUGUAUGUUAAUGAUAUCCACCAGUGCUCUACUAAACUUACAUUGUAUCUCUUCGCUGAUGAUACAAAUAUACUUUUUGCUGAAAAAAAACUUGAAAGUUCUUGAAACGGUAGUCAAUAAUGAAUUUUGCUAACUCUACGACUGGUUAACAUCUAAUAAGCUAACCCCAUUAGUAAAUUCAACUUUGUAAUCUUUCAUCCUAAACAACUGUUUCUUCCAGGGAGUAUUACUGUAUGGUCCACCAGGUACAGGCAAGACACUGCUUGCCCGAGCUGUAGCACACCACACUGAGUGCACAUUCAUUAGAGUUUCUGGAUCUGAACUGGUGCAGAAAUUUAUUGGUGAAGGAGCUAGGAUGGUUCGAGAACUGUUUGUUAUGGCAAGGUAAAAAAAAAAAAUAGAGAGAAGUCGUUACAUCGCUUUGCUUUGGUAGCAAAAUUCUGGAUCUUAACAAACGGUGGUCCUGCAAAUAUGGCAGAAAAAGAAUUCAAAAAAACAAAAAGUGGACAUUGGUGACUUUUCUGUGCAUAAUUACACGGAGGAACAAAACAGUAGCCUAUACUUUUUUGGAAUUCAAUUUUUUUUUUUCGAGCCCUGCAAAUACAUGCAAAGGAAUUAUUUACUACAGUAGUCUCUGUUCUUUAUCUUGUUAUUGUACCUGUGUCUUCGAACAGCUUGUGAACCUCUUCACAAUAAUUAAUUUUGAAAUGUUGUUUUUAUUAAUUCUUUAUAGGGAACAUGCACCCUCCAUCAUUUUCAUGGAUGAGAUUGAUUCUAUUGGGUCUUCAAGAUUAGAAGGAGGGUCAGGAGGUAAGAUAUGGCUGUUUGUUUGUUUGUUUUUAUUUAUUUACCAAAUGUUAUCUCUUGGUUAUUACUUACAUCAGCAAUAAGAGGUACAUGUACUGUCCACGUAGUUCCUAGGUGUUGCUGCAGAGCAUUGAAUAUUUUUUGUAGAGUCUUGAGUGAGAGAGGGUGGAAAAUGAUUAGUCAAAUCAAUUUAUCCAUUUAAUCAUUAAUUUAGUUAUCAGCAGCAUACUGCCCUCUGAUCUAGCCUAUCACCUUUAAGGCAUAAUCACAGCACUGGUGGAAAACAAGCAGUCUAAUGCAGAUGUUUGUGUUUUAAGCCAGCAAUCUUUUUUCCCUUUCACAUACAAUGUAUGCUGUAGUUAUCCACAACAACUUUGUAGAGCUUGUGGAAGCCAAGUUUCUGUUUUGCAAACAACAUAAGUAUCCAGUUAGAAUGGUUAGCACUCAUGUAGUCAUUAAUUGUAUUGUAUUGUAAUUGCAGACGGGAAGAAAAAACUUUUUCCCUUUCACAUAUGCUAUGGUUAUCCAUAAGAACUUUGCAGACCUUUUAAAAGCUUAGGUACUAUUUUCCAGACAAAUUUCCGGUUUGAAAUGUUGACAUUUAAGUGGAUAUUUGUUUGUGAAACAGGUGACAGUGAGGUACAAAGAACCAUGUUGGAAUUGCUAAACCAACUUGAUGGGUUUGAAGCAACUAAGAACAUCAAGGUUGUGAUGGCAACAAACCGCAUAGACAUCUUGGAUUCUGCUCUUUUGCGACCAGGACGUAUUGACAGAAAGAUUGAAUUCCCGCCCCCAAAUGAAGAGGUGAGGCUAUGAGGAUCUUUGAAUUUAUUGCCACAUUAGUGGUGCUUUCAGUUUUGUCAGGUGUAACUUGUGCUGACCUCCAAGAUAGUGCAGUUGUGCAGUAAAAAGUAAUGCAAAAAACAUGCGAGGGCCCUUCCUCAAGUGACACACGCCUUAUUUUCUCUACAUCCUUACUAUCUGAGAUCCUGCGUGGCACAGGCUAGAAUUGUGCAAGCUUUUGGGCUCCAUCUACAGUACGUUUUGCUGGAUAAAUUAAUUUUAAAACACUACUUGUCUACGUCAUGAUAGGAGUGCUUGAAGUUGCAAUUCCAAACUUUAAAAGUUUAUUGUUGGGACAAUUUCCCCAGAACACACUUCUCAGGCCAACCCCCAGUGGAAAGGUAGCCUGUUCACAGACCCUCUAUUUUCUCUUCAAAGUCCGUUGAGCGCGCGUGAUAAAAUAUAAACCGCAGGGAUUUAUUGACCACCAGUGCAAGCGGGUAGUUGUGGGGGAAGAAGAAAUUUUGAAAAGAACAAAAAGUAAAAUAAAACAACUUCUGUGUACAGGCUAGUGGAAAGGGGUAACUUGCAGUUUGUUGAGUGCCCUGAAUUUUGUCGAAAAUUGGUGUUUGUGCUUAAACAACUUCAAUUUUGUUUUUUUGCAUUUUGUUUUUUAUGAAGCAAAAGAAAUUAAUUCUUACGCAGUUCUUCAUGUCAUUCUUAAUUACUUGCACAGGCCAGAUUGGAUAUCCUGAAGAUUCACUCCAGAAAGAUGAAUUUAACCAGAGGUAUCAAUCUCAGAAAGAUUGCUGAACUUAUGCCUGGUUCAUCAGGGGCUGAAGUCAAGGUACAAAUUAAUGCCACCCUUUCAUGUGUUUUUCUGAAAUCAUGUAAAAUGUUGAGUAGUCAAUGAGUGAGAAUAUCUGUCUGUCUGUUAGUAUGUCACUCUAGAAGUUGGUGACUCACUUAGUGAGUUGCUGUAGUUGGUAGGUUGAAGUUGAAAGAGUUGAGAUUGACUUGAGAUUGACUUGUGGAACAAGUUUGAUAAACUAAGUACAAUCUCUAACCUAAAGGACCUGGAUCAUGAGGUUCUUUCUUCAGUAUAGUGCCUUACUGCUAUGUCACAGCUUAACUGGCAUAGAUGUGGAAGUUGUAAUGUCACGUCCUCAUUCCCACUGGCAGUAGUAUAGGACAUGGUGGUACAAACUCAUUUUCACAAAUCAUACACAAAAAACCAGUAGCUGAACUGGCAGUUCAACUACAAGUUCAACUGCCAGUUCAACUGUUGGUUUUAUGUGUAUGACUUGUGAAAAUGAGCUUGUACCACCAUGUCCUAUACUACUACUGACCCUCUCAUAGCAACCUGUGUGGUAAGCAUUUGAGAGGGAGUGGGAAGGUGGACAAUAGGAAAAAAAAUGGUGCAUUCUUUAUGUUUUUGCCCAUCCAUUUUUCUCCUUUCCUCUCCCCUGUAGCAUACUUGCCAUGGAUGCUCACUCCUCAUGGCAGGGAGAAUUUCAACAAGUUAGGUGUUGUAUGAUGUUGACAAAUCAACAUAAGGAUCAACUCAAUAAGUUUGUAACAUUUGUGCCUGAAUAGCUCAUUAAUUUAUGGUAGCAUGUUUUGUUUAUGGCUUACAUAUCAGAAAUGAGAAUUUCGAAGUGGAUCUGUGAUAUUUUUAGGGUGUUUGCACGGAAGCUGGUAUGUAUGCCCUGAGAGAAAGAAGAGUUCAUGUUACACAGGAAGACUUUGAAAUGGCAGUGACAAAGGUAGGCCACCGGUGCAGUAAACUCUUACUGAAUGGAUCACACCAAAUAUUAAAAUACUGCGUGCUAGUUAACGUCAUCAUAAACGUUUUUGAAUCUGGAUAAUUGCUAAUAUCUAAAUGCAUCAUUCUAGUGCUGUCAGGUCCUUGAAGAUACUGCGGCCUCUUCCUCGCAGAAAAUUGCAGUAAACAUUCACAACAGUCACCAGGCUCCAGUUGUUCAAAAGGUUGAUAACGCUAUCCUUUGGAGAAAUCUCUAUCCAGUGGAUAGCGCAGUUGGUUUCCCUAAAACUUAUCCGCUGGAUAGUGACUUAUUCGGUGGAUAGUGCUAUCCAGCUUUUGAACAAACAUUUGUGCCUGAAUAGCUCAUUAAUUUAUGGUAGCAUGUUUUGUUUAUGGCUUACAUAUCAGAAAUGAGAAUUUCGAAGUGGAUCUGUGAUAUUUUUAGGGUGUUUGCACGGAGGCUGGUAUGUAUGCCCUGAGAGAAAGAAGAGUUCAUGUUACACAGGAAGACUUUGAAAUGGCAGUGACAAAGGUAGGCCACCGGUGCAGUAAACCCUUACUGAAUGGAUCACACCAAAUAUUAAAAUACUGCGUGCUAGUUAACGUCAUCAUAAACGUUUUUGAAUUUGGAUAAUUGCUAAUAUCUAAAUGCAUCAUUCUAGUGCUGUCAGGUCCUUGAAGAUACUGCGGCCUCUUCCUCGCAGAAAAUUGCAGUAAACAUUCACAACAGUCACCAGGCUCCAGUUGUUUAAAAGGUUGAUAACGCUAUCCUUUGGAGAAAUCUCUAUCCAGUGGAUAGCGCAGUUGGUUUCCCUAAAACUUAUCCGCUGGAUAGUGACUUAUUCGGUGGAUAGUGCUAUCCAGCUUUUGAACAACUGGGUGUAGUAUAUUAAGUCUAAGAAAUUCGUUCCAUUUCUUACUGUAUAAAGCCUGGGAAGAGUUGCUCGAAAGACUAUGAGUUCGAACCCAGAGUUACGUGUAGUUACCAUGACAAUCGCAUUGUAACCUUGACCUUUAUAAAAGCGGUGGCUUCUCAUAACCUAUAUUUUUGUCCUGGUCUGUUUUUAUUGGUUCUGUAUCAAUUUUACCAUAACAGUGCCAUAAAUACAUUUGUUUAUGGUGUUUAGGUCAGCGUGUUCUUUCAUUUUGUCAAGUCUUAGCUGUAUUAUCUAGCACUGAGGUUAAAAGUGAUCCAUUUUCAUGUAUCCUAAACCUAAAAGUUCUUUUUUAUCUUCAUAUUCAUAGGUGAUGCAGAAAGAUUCAGAGAAAAAUAUGUCCAUCAAGAAACUCUGGAAGUAAAAAUCCUGGCUUCAAGUUACAAUCAUACACGUUAAAAUAACAAUUGAUUUUCUAUACCCCACUGCCUGCUAUUAUUUUUAAUUGUAAUGUCGGUCUAUCAAACACCCAGAUAAAAGGCAUUAGAAAAGAAAUGCGACUCUGAUAAUCUUCACAAGGGAUGGCCCGCAUGUUUGGGAUAGACUCCCAUCAAGGAUUGGUUGUACAAAAUAUUUAAGAUAGCGUCUUUGCACACCUUUCCUAGGAUCCAAGAAGGACACACUAUUUUGUCAUAGAUUGGCAUAAGAGACUUCUAAGAUCUGCUAAACUGUCAUUGUUGAAAAGUUCCAUUUAAGAUUGCAGAUUACUUCUAAAGUGUGUUAAAGUUAAGGGUGCGUUUAAAAUUUCCCAUAAGUUUAAGGGUCUGGGACUCUUAUAACUGGAAACAUUUCGUUUUAGUAAGUAAUUAGUACGCGUAGAUGAUUGUUAGAAUCGCUUUUGCAUUUUGUACAUGUAGAGAAUUGUCGCAUGCUUAAUCAGUCAGUUAAUAUAAUUAAACAUAAAAACUCGUCUCUCUGACAUAAUUAUGUCAGCAACAUGUUUAGCAGCCUUUGUUAUUCGGUGAUCUUGUUUCCCUCCUUUUUGUGAACAAUUCUCUAUUUUUUGCUUGUUAUUUUAUUUUUCAACAUACGUUGACUGAAGUAGAACUGAACUCAAACUAAUUGAAAAAUUGGCUAGUACUCAAUCACAUCUGUGAAAAAAAACCUGAUUAAACGACAUUUUGGUAUUUCACUAUUUAUCGGUAAAAUAGGUCGCAAGAAGGUGACCAUACUUAAGGAUGCUUCGCAUAUGAACUAUAACAUGUUUUAGACAUGUUGUGUAUAGUAUGUAUAUGAAAGUAAACAAGCCAAUGACUGAUUAAUUGUAGGGGGAAUGAAAAGGUUAUCACUAGGAACAAAUGUGGGAACAAGUUAUCCCAAGGGUAAAAAAGAGGGGGGUCAGCCCCCACGGCUUUAACUACCCUUUUCUUUAGGCCAGUGAAGUAAAAGUAUGCGUUUUUCGAUCUGUCAUAACGCAACUUGGAACAGUUAUUUCAGGAAAAGUUGCUAAGUAUUAAGGAGUCUUUUGUUCGUUAAUAUGGCAUCAAUGACUUGGCAAAGUUAAGAUGGCUAAUACUACUAAAUGUUAUGACAAACAAUUUCCUUGUAGUUUGGUCUUAGCCUGAGAGCAA